AUUUUUUUAACUUUAACAAUUUAAAAAUAAUCCAGAUAGCAAUCUGACGUAAUUCUAUGUCAGCUUGUUACCUAGCUAGAAAUAGAUUAGAUAAGAAUUUUUUUUAAUUUUUUGUUAUAAUUACAUAUUUCUUGAGUCUUACAAUUAGUAAGAGUGAACCAAUACCUUUUGACACAUUAAUAUAGAUUUGUAAAUAAUUGCCAAAAAAUCUUUCCUAAUAUUUAAAAAAAAUUUAAGAAACAUUUAAGUAUAAUAUCAAAGAAUUAAGUUUCAAGUAACAGAAAAAGAGAAAACUCUUCGUUUCUUUCCAAAAAAAAAACCUAAAAAAGGUACAAAAAUAAAAACUAUAUAAUAGCAAGAUCCCUUUAAAAGCUGUGCUUUGAGCGAUUCUGUUGUCUAAUCGGAGUCACCUUUUAAACUGAAAGAGUUUUCCAUGCGUAAAUCAUUCUCUUAAAAAAUUCACACAUUCUUAUUUCUUAUUUAAAAUAUGUUUGUAAUCGAUGCUGAUCGAUAAGGACUAUUAAGUCCGCAUGGAAGGCAAAAUGAUGAGAGGCAGGUGGGAUCAGGCGGGCGGAACCGAUAGAAAACGAGUUUCCUUAAUGAGGUUUCUCUCGCGAAGGGUCUCCCACCUUUCCAUCCUUGAUAUAUCAGUCAAACGCAGUCAAACAGUCAUCCAACAUAGUAUAUGUUCUGUACAGUCAUCACGCGGCGGGCGGCAGUCGCGCGUGUCGCAUAACUCGUCGUUGCGUCAAUUCUUUAUCAUUUGCCGAGGCGUCGAGCGGGAAUCGACGAGCAUAUCUCGAGAUCAUUUCCUGACCGCCGCACAGCGGCGAUGACGGACGACCGGGACGACGCGUCUGUCUAUUCGUGCCGCGAAGUCCGCCUGCGUCUGCCACGUACGACGUGCGACGAGGUUAGAAUUGAGGUUAAGUCGUCGUGAGGGAGGCCGGCGCGAAACAUGGUCCUCUCGCGAAGAUGAGGCGUAACGUGAUCAGCCUGGUCAAGUUCCUCCUCCUGGCGGCAUUCACCGUGUUCCUGACCGUCGUGGUGUUCCGCUACGCGCGAUCGCCACCCAGCCAUCGGAUCUCAACGUCGCUCGACACCCUGGCGACUGUCGCCGUCGACCUUAGGGAUGACGGCAAUCGAGGAAACGAGGAACGUUCGCAUCAGGAUAUGGACAAAAUCGAUUGGCAUGAUUAUAAGAAGAUUGAAGAAGAGGAGAGACGAACGGGGAUGGGAGAACACGGCAGACCAGCUUUUCUUUCCCCAUCUCUCGAUGUGCGAAAAGAAAAAUUGUAUCAAGUAAAUGGAUUCAAUGCAGCUCUCAGCGAUGAGAUCUCAGUGAAUCGUUCAGUGCCUGACAUUCGCCAUUCAGAUUGUAAGAAGAAACAAUACUUGAAAAACUUGGAUCCCGUUUCUGUGAUAGUGUCCUUCCACAACGAGCACUUCAGCACGCUGCUGCGAACUUGCUGGAGCGUGGUUAACCGCUCGCCGCCUUCGCUUUUAGAAGAAAUAAUAUUGGUCGACGAUGCCAGCACGAAAAUCGAAUUAAAAAAGAAGUUAGACGAUUAUGUUGCCCAACACUUGCCGAAGGUGUUAAUCGUGCGAUUGCCAAAACGUUCGGGAUUAAUCAGGGGCCGACUCGCGGGCGCGAAGAAGGCGAGAGCGAAGGUUCUUGUGUUCCUGGACUCGCACAGCGAAGCUAAUGUAAAUUGGUUGCCACCGUUAUUAGAACCCAUCGCGCGAGAUUACAAAACCUGUGUUUGUCCGUUCAUUGAUGUGAUAGCUUACGAGACUUUUGAAUAUAGGGCGCAAGACGAAGGCGCUCGAGGGGCGUUCGACUGGGAGUUAUAUUACAAACGGCUUCCCUUGCUCCCGGAAGACCUGAAGAGACCUGCAGAGCCAUUCAAGAGUCCCAUAAUGGCGGGCGGUCUAUUUGCGAUCAGCACCAAAUUCUUCUGGGAAUUGGGUGGUUACGAUCCAGGCUUAGAUAUAUGGGGUGGCGAGCAAUACGAGCUGUCUUUCAAGAUCUGGCAAUGCGGCGGUCAAAUGUACGAUGCGCCAUGUUCCAGAGUCGGUCAUAUCUAUCGUAAAUUUCCACCGUUUCCUAAUCCUGGCCGCGGCGAUUUUUUGGGGAAGAACUACAAGAGAGUCGCCGAGGUAUGGAUGGAUGAGUACGCGGAAUAUAUCUACAAGAGGCGACCGCAUUUACGGACAUUGGAUCCGGGUGAUUUAUCGGAGCAGAAGGCCUUGCGCACGAAAUUACACUGUAAAUCGUUUAAUUGGUUCAUGAAGAAUAUAGCUUUCGAUCUGGUGGAAGUGUAUCCGCCCAUUGAGCCGGACGACUUCGCUUUCGGAGAGAUCAGGAACAUGGGCGCGACUGAACUAUGUUUGGACUCGAAGAAACGGAAGAGAGACGAGGUUGUCGUGAUGGACAUCUGCAUGAAAGACGACCCGAAAAUGUCGGGUGAGCAGGAGUUCCGGCUGACUUGGCAUAAAGACAUCAGACCAAAAGAUCGCACAGAUUGUUUGGACGUGUCCAGAGGCGAGGAGAAAGCACCGGUAAGCCUGUAUCCCUGUCACGGAAAACAGGGCAAUCAGUUGUGGCGUUACGAUGUCGAAAAGCAAUGGCUGCAGCAUGGUUAUUCGUCCAGGUGUCUGGACACUGAUCCAGGCAGUAAGAGGGUGUUUGUGACUGCAUGCGAUAAAUCGUCACUCACUCAGAAAUGGCGGAUAGAGCAAGUUAACAUGAAGGCGAUUAAUAAUUGGGAGAACAUAGGACCCAAACUGAAGUGAACUCUCUUCCUUCAUACUGCCAUAAGCUCUUGAACAGUAGGCUCGCGCCGAAUUCCUAUUCGUUAUAGAAAUCUAGGGAGAAUUCCUUUAUUCCUGGUUACUAGUCAUCGCAAAUUCCAAUCUGAGUAACAUACUGCAUAUUGUGUUAAUAAUUAACGAAGAAUAAGACUCGAUGAACGCGCGACCCGAAUAAUUUUGCACGUAACGUAAGGCGAAAUUUUCAUUCCUUGGAUAUGCAAACUGGAUAGCAAGCCAGAAUGUUUACUAUUGAGAAAAAUUGAGAAUACCUGGAAUUUUCAGGAAAUUAAUUUUUUGCUUUUGAAAAUCACAUGGAUUUUUAUAAGAUUUUAUUAAUACUCAUGAAAAUUUUUGAAAUUUUACUUUUACAUUAUAAUUCUGUCUUUUUUUCACAAAAUUAUUUCUGUGAUUAUUUAAUCCUGAUAAUUCAAAAAUUAAUUAGCAAUAAAUAUGGCACAAAAAUUAGUGAUAAUAGAAAAUAAUAUAUUGUUCUAAAUGGUAUUACGCGUUUAAUUACCUUUUGAAUUAUGUACUUUUGAUAGGCUAGAUCCAUGUUUUAUAGCUAGAUUAUUAUACGCCAUAUUUAGUUCAUUAUUAUAUGGCAUAUUUAGUUCAUUAUUAUUAUUUUUUUUUAGUAUUUCUUUCAAAUUUAAUAUUUAAAACUCAAGUAGCUUUUCUUUGUGUUUGUAUGAUUAAGGAACAUUAAAAGAUGCAAUAAAAUAAAUUUAUUUCAAAUCUGUAAUAUUCUCUAAUCUCAUUUAGAAUUGUGAAUAAAAUUCCUGAAAAAUCUGGAAUUCUUCUUUUACAAAAUAUGAGUAAACAUUUUGUAAGCAGUCAUUAUAUCAGCGGAUGUAUUUAUACAUAUCGUAUAAGCCGAAGCGCUCUAUCGUGCCUUACAUCACAUAGCCAUACGUAGGAGUACGGUACGAUAAUGAUCUUAGCAUUUAAGUUUCAUCUUUCGCUCAAAUUAAUAUUACGAUAAAUAUAACUUUUUAAAAUACUGCUUAUACGGAGCAGGACUGAUAUAUUUUAUUUGUAUUAUUAUAAUAUCAAUUUAUUUCUUAUUAAAGCGGAACUGUUUUUUAAUAGAAGAUAUUCUACCGAGAAUACGAUUUACACAGUGUACCUAAAGUAUUACAGAUUAUUAUUUUUUAACUAUUAGAAAUUAUAAAAAUUUUUUUUCUUAUCUUUUUAUAUGUCGCAUAAAAGUUUCUUUUAUAAAUAUUAAAAAGAUUUUCUUUACAUUCUUUAAUAUCUAAAAAAAUAGUUUAUAAUAAUUUAUGUGACAUAUAAUAGUUUUAAUUAUUCAUUCCAUUAUCACUAAUCUAUAUAUGUAUAAAUAAGUAUUAUAAAUUACUCUUUCCCUCUUUAUGAAAUUAAAUUAUUAGAAAGAAAACCAGUGACGAAAAAAAGAUGUAUGAAAUCACUUUCCAUUUUCAAUUCAUUAUGAGUAAAUUAUAAAAUAACUUUAAAUAUACAAUAUAUAUUUUUUUCUUAUAAUACGCAGAUAUUAUAUAAUAUACCAAACUAUAAAAUGAAUCAUGCAUUUUUUAAAUAUAUAGUAGUUCUUUCAACAUAAUAUACAGUAGUAUCUUUCAACAUAAUAUAACUUUUGUUUUUGAAAUAUAUUUUUAAUUAUAAGUAAAGAAAAACUAAAGAUAUAGUUAUUGUGAUUUCUUUUAAAAAAAUCUGUUAUACCCCACAAUUAGAUAUGUAUAAAUUGCUUCUUAUUGAAAGUUAUUCUGCGAUAUACUUGAAAGAUCAAAAUUUAUAGUAGAGCAAUCGUUAGUAGUUAUUGCAACAACAAAUGAAUACAUUUGAAGUUGACGUUUAUUUUUUACGUUUGUUAGUAUAUUCGUUUGUGUUUGAAUGCAGAUCUUUGAUAAUUAUGGAAUGGUAAAUGAAUGUUAGAAAAAGUAUUAUUAACUGUCUGUGAUCGUUGGUGUGUCUGGGCUAAUCUUUGAUUAUUACUAUUUUUAUAGCAUAUUUAUAUGAUUUAAUACAUGUUUGUAUUAAAAAAAUCCUUAUAUAUAUAUUUUACAAUAAACGUAAGUAUCAGUCUAAUAAUAAAAGUACAGUAUGCAAUAGAGUUGUAGUUCUGAUCGAUCAACAAUCCCAGACGUCAAUCUUUCACUAUGGUAUCUCAGAAAUAUUUUGCGAAGCGUAUACUCACCUUUUGCACUGGCGCACUCGCCAUCGGGAUGUGCCAUACGUUGCAUUGCUGUAGGCGCGACUCCUAAGGGCAUUGAAAUUUUAUGACCCAACACUGGCGUGCUUAAAUCUCUUUUAGACACGUUUCGCAAGAAUCUAGGGCGUAUUCUGUAACUACAAAAAUAUUAAAAAUAAUUAAGAACUGAA